AGUGUGUUGUCAAGGAUCGGAUCAGGUAGAAUCGACUCGAAAUCAGAAUAGUUAAGAUUGAAAAAAAAAUGGCUGCGAAUAUGAUGAGACCGGCGUUUGCUUACUCUGUUGUGUACGUUAAGGACGUCGCUAAAUCCGUUGAAUUCUACUCCAGAGCCUUUGGUCACAACGUCCGUCGUCUUGAUGAGUCUCACAGGUGGGGGGAGCUAGAGAGUGGGCAAACGACGAUAGCCUUCACACCGCUUCACCAGCAUGAGACCGACGACCUUACUGGGAAGGUUCAGGCUACGCAUUCAGCCCGCGAAAGAGCGCCCAUCGAACUUUGCUUCUGUUACCCCGAUGUUGAUGCCGCUUUCAAGAGAGCAGUGGAGAACGGUGCAGUGGCANAUUUUAGUAACGAACAGAAAAUAAUAAAGGGAUUUAGGAGAAAGAUACUCAACUGUAUAUACGACUUUUCAAUGUUUGCUGGCUACACAAUUUAG